AUGAUCAGUGAAAAGGAAAAAAAAAAAAUUGCUGACGCAUUCUUCCCUUCUCUUUCCGGCUUUAUAGGCUAUUAUGUUGUCGCUACUGCUCGCAAGGUGGACGCCAUUUCUCACCUUAAGAAGGUGGGGAUGACUACAAUAUCUCUUGAUGUAACUAAACCAGAGAGUAUCGCGGCAAUGAAGGUACAAGUAGAGAAACUCUGUGAUGGGAAGCUAGACGUCUUGGUCAAUAACGCGGGAAUUCUUACCCGUGGCGCAUUGGCCGAUGUCUCACUAGAGCACGUCUACUCUAUUUUUAACACGAACGUCUUCGGCCUCAUGGCUGUUGUGUCCAGUCUCCUGCCGCUUCUCAUUGCAACUAAAGGCACGAUUGUCAAUAUUUCAUCGGCGUCAUCUGUAACGCCAUUUCCUUUCAAAGGUCCUUAUGCAAUGACCAAGGCAGCACUGAACUCAUAUGGUCGUACUCUCGCAAUAGAGCUUUCCCCUUUCGACGUGCAUGUCUUGACGUGUCCAACCGGCUAUAUAGAGAGCAAACUAGAAGCCAACGGGACAGAUCAAGUACCGGAAAAUAGUUUGUACAAAGCUAUGGCUGGGAAGAUGGAGCUGGGGGUUCCGGAAAAGCAGAUGGAAGGGGCGGGGUAUGCAGAGCUGGUGGUGAGCGAAGUGGAAAAGGGGCGAGGCUGGGGUUUUGGCCCUUGGAGAUUUGGAGCAAUGAGAGAGUGGCUUUGGGUGGGAACAGGAGCAUCUAAGGGCUAUUGGGCAAGUAUGAUGGGGGAGACAUUUUUACAGCGGGGGUUCAAAGGAAUAAUCAACUGGGAUGAGGUUACCAGGGUUGUCAGAAAGGACAACGGCUUGGAGUGA